AUGUCCGCCUUGGCAGAUGGGACGGCAAGCCAACGCGCUCGUGGUGGCGGAAAGCGCAACGGCGGCAGGGCUGCCGCGGCCAAGGGCGGUCCCUCGGGCAGGCAGUCGCAGGAUGCGGAUGGAGGCGACGAGGGGGAUCAUGCCGAGCCGGAAGCUCGUGGUGGCGGAAAGCGCACCGGCGGCAGGGCUGCCGCGACCAAGGGCGGUCCCUCGGACUCGCAGGAUGCGGAUGGUGGCGACGAGAAGGAUCAUGCCGAGCCGGAAGCUCGUGGUGGCGGCAUACGCAACGGCGGCAGGGCUGCCCCGGCUAAGGGCGGUCCCACGGGCAGGCAGUCGGAGGAUGCAGAUGGUGGCGACGAUAGGGAUCAUGCCAAGCCGGAAGCUCGUGGUGGUGGCAUUCACAACGUCGGUAGGGCUGCCGCGGCCAAGGCCGGUCCCUCGGGCUCGCAGGAUGCGGAUGGUGGCGACGAUAAGGAUCAUGCCGAGCCGGAAGCUCGUGGUGGCAGCAUGCGCAACGGCGGCAGGGCUGCCGCGGCUAAGGGCGGUCCCUCGGGCAGGCAGACGCAGGAUGCGGAUGGUGGCGACGAGAAGGGGCAUGCCGUGCCUGCAUGCCGUGGCGUUAACGAUCGUGAUGAGGACGAGCCAGCAGCUGUGACUGAUGAGAAAGGUGGACGUGAAGCUGUGAUUCCCUACCAACGGCGCAAGGCUGUGGAUCCGGGCAGUUGCGACCAAGCUGCUGAAGAGCUCCUGUUCAUGGUGCUGGUGGUGGGGGGUGGUGUGGAAUACAUGUCGUGUGGCGGAGGGAUAGCUAAGCAUAGCACUCAUCCUUCAUCUCACUCCCCUCUCUCUCCCAUCCCUCCCCGCCAUCUGCGAGAGCCCCUGUUCAUGGUGCUGGGGGUGGUGUGGGUGUCAUGCAGCGGAGGGAAUAGAGGAAGCCGUAUCCGUCAAUCUCACGCGGCCCCCUUUCUGUCCGCCGCUCCUCCCUCCCCUCUCUAUCUCGUCCCUCACCCUCCUUGUCCAGAGCCACUAGCUCCUGUUCAUGGUGCUGGUGGUGGGGUGGGUGUCAUGCGGCGGAAGCCCAUGUUCAUGGUGCUGUUGUUGCUUAACGUUGGUUCUUCUCCCACUGUCCCCUUCUCCCGGCCCCCCUUUAAUCUACACCUCUCCCCUUCCCUCCCGCCAUCCCGUUCUCUCCCUCCCUCCAUUUCUCUUCAGCCCUCCCCUUCUAUCCCGUCCUCCAUGUCUCUCCUGCCCUCCCCCUCUCCCCUGCCCUCCCCUUCCCUCCUGCCCUCCCCUUCUCUCCCGCCCUUCCCUGCUCUACUGCCAUCCAGCCAACCCUCCAUUCAUUCUAAACCGCCCUCCACUUCGUCCAUACCCUUUGGACAACCCCUAAACCAUGGCGUGCAUGAUCUUCGUCCCCGCCUUGUCCUGCGUGCGCGCAGGAGGGAAUCAGCGGGUCAGCUCGUGGGGAAACAGCAGAGACGGGCUCCCGUUUGCCAAUGGCCGGGCUUGGCAAAGGUUAAAAAGACCGACUGGAACGUCUCGAACUCCCACCGCAAGAACACCGAGUGGAUGACGGGUUUGCACCGAAAUGUGCGGUGGAUUAUCAAGGACCACUUCACACGCCACACCCCCGUGUACAACACAGUCGUGCAGGGCUUCAAGUGGGGCGACCGUGGCCUGUAUGUUCACGAGUCAGGAUUUGAGGCGUUCAAGGGGAAGGCCGUGCCUGACGAGGAGAAGAAGGACUUGAAGGAGGAAGAGCAGGAGGUGUACGACGCGGAGGACUUGAAGACGGAUGACGAGGAGGAUGACGAGGAUCAGGAGGAGGAGGAGGAGGAGGAGGAGGAGGAGGAGGAGGAGGAGGAGGAGGAGGAGGAGGAGGAGGAGGAGGAGGAUGAGGAGGAGGAGGAGGAUGAUGAGGAGGAGGAGGAACAAGGCAUUGGUGGAGACAGCAAGGGGGGCAGCACGCCAGGCAAGAAAGUAGAGUCAGCAUGGGGGGUAGCACGGGCGGCAAAAGCGUGGAGUCAGCAAGGGGGGCAGCAGUAG